UAUUUUGCCUUUUCCAAUCUUUUAAUACAUACCAUGCUAACGUGUUGCGAUUAUACAAGAACUGAUGGUAAGAAAAAUCGCAAUCCAAUCCCUCCCUCCCUACAAGGCUACAUGUCAAGGUAAGAAGACUAUCCAUCGAUCUAUCUUAUGGAGCACGUUCCACUCACAAACAUAUUGAAAGCAAUCAAUCAAACAAAACACACAACAAAAAUAUUGACACUAUUUAUUCACUAUUUAUAAACACACAACAUAACACUCGCUCACUAUUUAUUCACUACUCAGUACUCACUCUUUCUGACAAGUAUUUGCCCCCUCUGUUUCCUGCCAAAACCCCUCAUUUUUCUCUCUCUCUCCUCCUUUCAUCCUCUCCAGUUGUCAGAUAUCCUCACCCCUUCUGACAAUCUCUAAUGACUUUGGUUUUUCAGGCCUUUUUUUUUCCAGUGUUUGUCAUUUUCUACUUCAUUUUUAUUUAACCACCCACAAAUCAACCUUUUUUUUCCCUUUACUAAACUAUCACAAUGAAGCCUCUUGUUAACCUUUUCCCCACUUCUUCAGGAGAAGGAGAGGACAGGUGGAGGAAAAAAACAGAAGAAAAACAGGGGGAAAAAACAGAGGAUGAAUCAGAACCGUUGAUCAGUCUGGCUCUUGGGAUUGGUGGGUCCGAUGAGAGAGAAAAAGACAACAUCUUUGGCAGGAUUGUAAUGGUGAAAGAGGAGAACAAGGAAGUUGAUGAUCAUGAUCAUAAUCAAGCGGUGGUGGAGAGAAAAGGGUGUAGGAUAAAUUCAGUGGUCAGGUUUACAGAGGAUCAGGUUCAAGAAUUAAACAAACAAUUAUUGAUAUUUAAGUAUUUGGUUUGUAGUUUACCUGUUCCUUUUCACCUUCUUCCUCCUCAUUUUUACCUCUACAAAAGAUCAUCUCCUCCUUUUUCAAUUUUCUGCAGGAGAUUUGAUCAUCACCGGCAGAUGAUAGAUCCGGAGCCUGGGAGAUGCAGGAGGACAGAUGGCAAGAAAUGGAGGUGCCACCAAUCUGUGAUUCCUAAUGGGAAAUACUGCGAGAAGCAUAUGCAUCGAGGCAGUAACCGUUCAAGAAAGCUUGUGGAAGCCUGUCCAUAUUCUAGAACCACCAACCUCAAAAACUUAAACAAAAACAUUUAUCUUAACAAAGACAUCAGGCCAAAAUUCACAGAAAAUAUAGGUCCGAAAGAGCCAGCUAAGGUUGUAAAGAGAGCUCAGGACUUGGGCACUUCUACUGCAGUGAGCUAUGGGGACAACGAGCAAAACAAUGAGGCAAAGUGUGUCGUUGCGAAAGAUAGGAUUGCUGUCAUCAACCAAACAUCAGGGUUGGAUUUCUCACCCAAAAGUGUUCUUCUAAAUGAUACAGGAAUGAGGUGCCCGAGUGUUCAAAGUUGCCAGAGCAACACAGAAUCUGAAUCAAGGUGUAAGAGAACAGAUGGGAAGAAAUGGCGGUGCAAGAAGGAAGUUCUACCAUAUCAAAAGUACUGUGCACAACAUGUCAACAGAGGCAGAUAUCGCUCAAAGAAGCGAUCUAUAGGCUCAUCAUCCUCCAGGGAAAUCCAAGCUGCCUAUGGUUCUACAUCCAGCCCCAAAAUCUAUGGAACAGGACAGGCCAAAGUCGGCUUGGGGCUGAAGAUCUCGCUUCCCACAAGACUAGAUGAUCCAAGGAACAUCUUCAAAGGAAGCAUGUCUCAGAAUGGUGGCAGUAGCUCAAGCACUGAAGCUACUGAAAGUGAUGAGAGCAUGGAUGUUUCAGACAUAAUUGUCCUUUCUUCUUGAGAGGUUAACAACGCGUAGUUUUUGGAGCUCAACAAAAUGUAUAUAUUAGUAUAUAAAAGGGCAGCUAAUAGGUCAGUCUCGUUGCGCUUGCAUUCAGCUUUUUGUAGGGAGUACUAAUGCUGAAACUUUAACCUCAUUUUGCAUGAAUUUGAUGUUGCUGAUCAGAUGUGAACAUAUUAAUAUUGAAAUAUAUGUACUAUGGUUGUUUGAAUGUAUGUUUGAUUAAAAAAA